AAGACCUCACACACGUGUCAGCGCUCCAGGACUUACUUCCGGUUCAACAUGGCGGCAUCCAUGGCUUGUCAAGCGGUAGUGAGAGCACUCCGAGGAUCGAGUACUAAACAUCUGUUUGUGAACAGAAACAAGUUAUCACGGGUGAGUCCUAGAAGAUGGCUGAACCUGCAGGAGUACCAGAGCAAAAAGCUUAUGCAGGACAGUGGCGUGACCGUGCAGCGGUUCUUCGUGGCUGACACUGCAUCUGAAGCUCUGGAGGCUGCCAAGAGACUCAAUGCAAGGGAGAUUGUCCUGAAAGCUCAGAUUUUAGCAGGAGGAAGAGGCAAAGGAGUGUUCGACAGCGGCCUGAAAGGAGGGGUGCAUUUAACAAGAGACCCUGCUGUUGUUGGAGAGCUGGCCGGUAAGAUGCUCGGCUUCAAUCUGACCACCAAACAGACCCCUAAGGAAGGAGUGAAAGUAAAUGUGGUGAUGGUUGCUGAGGCUCUGGAUAUCUCCAGGGAAACAUACUUUGCCAUCCUGAUGGACCGUUCCUGUAAUGGACCCGUGAUGGUUGGAAGCCCUCAGGGUGGUGUGGACAUAGAGGAAGUGGCUGCCACCACACCAGAACUCAUCUUCAAAGAAGCCAUAGAUAUAUUUGAGGGGGUUCGAGAUGACCAGGUGCUACGUAUGGCAGCUAAUUUGGGAUUCAAAGGACCUUUGGAGAGACAGGCUGCAGAUCAGAUUAAGCGACUCUAUGAUCUGUUCCUAAAAGUCGACGCCACUCAAGUCGAAGUCAAUCCGCUUGGAGAAACACCUGAGGGACAAGUUGUUUGCUUUGAUGCUAAAAUCAACUUUGAUGACAAUGCAGAGUUCAGACAGAAAGCUGUGUUCGCCAUGGACGACACCGCAGAGAGCGACCCCACGGAGACUGAGGCAGCCAAAUAUGACCUCAAGUACAUCGGACUGGAUGGAAACAUAGCUUGUUUUGUGAAUGGUGCUGGUCUUGCUAUGGCAACGUGUGACAUUAUCGACCUGCAUGGUGGAAAGCCUGCCAACUUCCUGGAUCUGGGUGGAGGUGUAAAGGAGAACCAGGUGUACGCUGCUUUCAAACUUCUCACUGCUGACCCCAAGGUAGAGGCCAUCUUGGUAAAUAUCUUUGGAGGGAUUGUUAACUGUGCCAUCAUUGCUAACGGGAUCACCAAGGCCUGCAGAGAACUGGAGCUCAAGGUUCCACUGGUGGUCAGGCUCGAAGGGACUAAUGUUCAGGAGGCAAAGCGUAUCCUGUCCGAAAGUGGGUUGCCCAUUACUGCUGCCAGUGACCUGGAUGAUGCAGCCAAGAAGGCUGUUGCCGCCAUUGCCAAGAAAUAAUUGCAUUCACAUACAGUGUACACAGACAUACAAAAUAGUCAUAUACCGAUACACAUGCUCAAAGAGAGUUGUGGCCAACUUCACUGUAUACUCCUCAUUGAUUCAAUCAUGCCUGGGUGAAAGCCACUUUUCUCACCUGCCUUCUGAACCAUACAUAACCUUCCACCUAUCCCUAGUAGCACUUGUCUAUUUUCUCCUUGGACGGUCUUGUAUUUGAGAUCCUUUUCAUAAGUAAUUUAAAAUCUUUAAAAUAUUUUAAAAUAUGGAGCAAAUAAGUCAGGACACACAAAAAGGUCUCAAAUAUGGGACUAUCUCAGGAAACAUGGGACUUCUGCUCAACUAGAUCUCCCAGACUCGUAUAUAAUUUUUGUUUGUCUGAAUGCAGCCCUUUCUAUAGCACAGUAAAUGAGUAUUUUUUUCAAACAGAACAGAUAUAUUCAAAAUAUGAAUAUAUAUAUAGAGAGAGAGAGAGAGAGAGAGAGAGAGAGAGAGAGAUGCUGAUCAAAUAUUAGAUUAAAUCAUAGCUUAUUGGCUUAUUGCAUUCCAUAUUAAUGCUGAUUGUGUUACUGUAUCACCUUAAGUAAACCAUGAAACAUUACAGUGUCAUGUGGUUGCGUGGAAUAGCCCUGUUCAUUUUUAAUAAGAUAACAACUGUGAAAUAUGUCUAAAAUCUGAUAUUGAUUCAUUAAUGUCCAUAUGAUAUCACCAUCCCAAACUGAUUUAUUGAGAUUGUAAGGGUGUGAUAAAUUAGGUGACCUGACUGAGACGGACAGUUUUUUCCAGGUAUACAUUUUAAAUCUGAAGAUCAGGUAAUGUGCCAUAUGCCUUAUUUACAACAUAAUGAUUUGUGGAGUCUGCAAUGUAUCUGCCUUAAUGAUAUUGAACAGUAAAUGCAAUACUGAUACUAACAUUUCCUGAUCACACAUAUCAAAAUUCAGUGAUUCUUAUACACAUCAUAAUGUAUGAUUCUGUACUUAACUCAUCAAAUGAUUUGUGGGGUGUUUUUAAAAAUUCAUGCACGACGUUUGUGUAUAGAUUUUAUUGUGCUUGUGUGAAGAAGAGGUUUUAAAAGCAAAAGGCCUAUGUUCCAUCAUUUAUCUGAUGUAUUUCUUUAUUAUUAUAUAACAAUUAAUAAAUAUAAUGAGCUUUUUUUAUAAUUAUGGAUGUAUAUUGGAAGUUAAUGUAUAUUUAAAAAAUGAGUCGUAAACAAUUGAAAAUAAAACAGGAAAUUUCAAUAAAUCUUUC